AUGGCGGACGAUGAGCCCCGUGCUAAGCGCUCGCGCUUUGACCAAACUGAGCCUGAGCCCCGACGCUCCCGUUUCGACCGCCGUUCGCGAUCCCCAUCCAACCGCCAGUCAGAGUCCGCUCGCACACGCAGCCCUCUGAGUCGCCCUUUGAGUCGCAGCCCCGGCGCAGAUGCUCCAUCGAAGCCAGCGGUAUCCGACCCGGCCGCUGCCGCAGCGGCUGCUGCUGCCAAGAUCAAUGCGCAGCUUCAGGCUAAGAAGGGCAUCCAGCAUGUUGAUGUCCCUCCCAUUCGCUCGAACGACGGCCCCGCCGAGAACCCCGAAGGGCUUUCCACUGCUGAGGGCUCAGCCAAGUUGAAUGCUGAAAUCUACGUCGCGGACGGUGAUUACAUCAAGGAUAUUGAAAUCAAUGAUUUGCGCAACCGCUACACCCUGACAAAGGGAUCUACUCAGAAGAUGAUUCAAGAUGAGACUGGCGCCGAUGUUACCACCCGAGGAAACUACUACCCCGACAAGAAUAUGGCGACUGCUGCGAGCCCUCCUCUCUACCUCCACGUCACAAGUACCAACAAGGAUGGUCUUGAGAAAGCUGUCGCUAUGAUUAAUGACCUUAUGCAAAAGGAGCUUCCCAAUCUUGUUGAUGAGCGGCGUUUCCGUCGCCGGGAGCCGGAGCAACAAGUUGAGCGGGAUGAGUAUGGCCGCCGCAAAUGGCCGGAUGAGCGUAUUCCAAUUGACCUCGAACCAAUUCCCGGCUUUAACUUGCGCGCUCAGGUUGUUGGCCAGGGUGGUGCUUAUGUGAAGCACAUCCAGCAGCAGACUCGCUGCCGAGUGCAGAUUAAGGGCCGUGGCUCUGGAUUCAUUGAGUCAAGCACUAACCGGGAGAGUGACGAGGCAAUGUACCUCCAUGUGGCUGGCCCUGAUGCCAACGAUGUCCAGCAGGCUAAAGAACUUUGCGAAGAUCUGCUCAACAAUGUGAAGGAGCAGUACCAGCGAUUCAAAGAGAACCCGCCCCAGCACAACUACGGCGGGUACCGCGGCGGUGAUCGCGGUGAUCGCUACCAAGGCGGUGGCGGUGGUGGAUACGGUGGUGGAUACAACAAUCGCCAGCAACAGCACCAGAACAACGGCUCCUCUGCUAGUCCAUUGGGCCAAGCAGCCGCUGGGGCUGCUUCCCCCAAUGCUGCUGGCACCCAGUCGGCCGCUGACUACAGUGCUCAGUAUGCUCAGUACUACGGUACUGCAGACCCCUACGCCGCUUAUGGCGGUUACCAGAACUACGUCGCCUACUACCAGUACUACCAACAGAUGGCUGCCGCCCAACAGCAGCCGACUGAUGGCUCUGCUGCUCCCCCGGCUCCUGCUGCGGAGGCAGCACCACCUCCACCUCCGGGGUCAGGAUCACCACCUCCUGGUGGUGGUGGUGGCUACGGCGCGGUCCCCCCGCCCCCUGGUCUUUAA